AGCGCGAUUGCCAAGUGCGAGCGAACGCAAAGCAGUAUAAGUUCGAGUCGGACACAAAAACACGCGACGCACGGCCAGUGUUUACACGGAGCUUGCUACGGCAGCAAGGCCGUCAGAUCGCGAUCCCGUUUGAGGUUAAACGCGCUUUGGCCUCUGUCGCAGUUCCCAACUACUGCUCCCCUUUAAAUUAUCAUAACGCGUGUGCAGUCUCUCUCUGUGCGCGAUCUUGCAUGGCUCGAGUUAAUACGGAGAAUAGGCGUCGUGAGAAUAAUCGGAGAAAACGUCGAUAGUUCGAGUGUGCUCGUGGUGACAGGUACGCAGCAACGACGACGACGACGACGACGACGGCUACGUCAACAAGAGCGAAAUGUUGUCGAAACAGCCUGGGCAACGACAGCUGCAGCAACAGACGCGACUGAUCGAAAACGUCAAUUAUAACGUCGGUGCGAACGCGAUAACGACGUUGGCCUCGUCGAAGCUGUCGGCAACGACGUGACCAGUCGAGCCGUCAGCGCGGCCUGUGUCGACUCGGCUCGUCGAUGCACCAACUGCAGCAGCUCGGCAAACAUGUCGAAAUGCAUGAGCCAACAGCAUCUGCAGCAUCAUCAUCAACAGCAGCAGCAGCAACAGCAACAUCAUCCACAACAUCCACAACAACAGCAGCAGCAGCAGCAGAAGGUGCAGCAGUCGACUAACUGCGGCCUUCCUUACGCUGCUGCUAGUCCCGUAAAGAGCCGCGUGACGGACAGCGACAACAACGAAGACGACGACGACAACGACGUCUACUCGAUCUCGUACCUCGGCAACAACAAUCGCACGGGCUCCUCCUCGUGCGAUCGCCACAAUCUCCUGCAGCAACGCGACAACAACAGCAGCAUCGAGUCCGACAACUUCGGCGACGGUGACAUGUAUCAGGCCCUGCUGAGGUACGAGAAUCAGACCCGCGACUCGUGCGACUGCAGCCGCGGCGAGCUGAGCAACAAGCAGCAGCCGCUCUCGACGGGCGCCGCCGCUGCAGCCUCGAUCAGCUGCAGCAACGAGGCCUUCGUCGUCGGCGGCGAGGACCGCUGUCGUCUGCAGGAAGAGGAGGAGAUCAUCGAGUCGACGAGCGCCUCGACUCCGCUGCUGCUGUCGGCAGGGCCGCGGAUCGAGCUGCUUCAUCACGAGUCGACGCCCAGCUCCUCGAACGGCAGCAUCAGCGGUGGCAGUAGCAGCAGCAGCCACAGCAACAGUAACAGCAACAGCAGCAGUCGCUGCGUCAACAGUACCGUGCCUCUGUGCCUGCUGAGCGACGUGCAGCUGCGCUUCCUCUGCCCCGACGAUCUCGAGGAGGUCCAGGCUCUCUGUCAAGACUGGUUUCCUAUAGAUUACCCUUAUUGGUGGUACGAGGACAUCACGUCGUCGUCUCGAUUCUACGCUCUCGCGGCCGUCUACGGCGGUGUCAUAAUCGGCCUGAUAGUCGCCGAGAUCAAGCCGUACGCGAAGCUCAACAAGGAGGACCGCUCGGUGCUGUGCUCGAGCUUCGGCAUCGACUCGCUGGUCGGCUACAUACUGAGCCUCGGGGUGCGCCGGGCCUAUCGUCGCAACGGCAUCGCGUCGCUGCUGCUGGAACAGCUGAGGGCCCACGUCACCGCGCCGGAGCGAUCCUCGGUCAAGGCCGUCUUUCUCCACGUCCUGUCGAGCAACACCCCGGCCAUACGCUUCUAUCAGCGCUGCCACUUCAGCCUGCACAGCUUUUUGCCCUACUACUACAACAUCCGGGGCAAGUCCAAGGACGGCUUCACCUACGUGCUCUACGUGAACGGGGGCCACGCCGCCGGCGGACUCUGGGACUGGAUGAGACACAUAGCCGGCUCCGUGGCCAAUCUCGGCCAGUGCCGAGUUCCCCGCUGGAUCUGGCAGCGAAUGCUCUGGGCGACCACGCUCUUCUUUUAUCACAGAUGAUACCUCCGGUGUGUCAUUUUUAAUCUCGAGAGCUAACCAAAGUCUAACCAUAUACUCGUUUACCAAAUGUGGGCACAUUCGAAAAAAUACGUAAAUUUUUUCUCGAACCAAGACUUUCUCAACAAGUUGUGUUAAUAAUCGUUAUGUAAAUUUUAUUCGUUCAUGUGUUUUGUGAUCUUUUAACGCUUAGAAUUGAUAUUAUUACUCUGUAAAACACGUGACAAAAAUAUAUUUGAAUUUUAUUGAAUUUAACUA